ACUUAAAAUAAAACAUGGUCCCCAAAGGCCAAAACUAUUAACAAUCAAAGCAAGAAACACUCAAGUAUUGGUUAAUAAUCUCAUUGCAAGCAGGUUUAUCUCCUGGAAUUUGUUCAAGUUCCAGGAAAUAAACAAAUGAUCAGGCUAAAUGUGUACUGUUCUUUACUUUCAUGUCCAAGUCAAAAACUGAAAGAUCACCACAGACCGGUUCGUUACGAAUGGAACCGGAGCUCAUCUAAGAGGAUUGUUACAAGCAUGGCGCUUAAAGAUGAGAUGGACGGUCGGUUUAGUAACUUACCGGGCCAGAGCUGGGAACCGGGCUUGGAAAUUGAGGUCCCCUUUGAGCAAAGACCGGUGAAUGAGUACUCAUCUCUGAAAGAAGGAGCGUUAUACUCGUGGGGGGAACUAAAACCGACAUCCUUUUUCCUACGGCUUGGAGGGCUCUGGCUGGUGACAUUUACUGUUCUUGGAAUCCCAGUAUCAGCUUCCAGCUUUAAUCCUUCAACUGAUCCUUUACGGUUUUUACUAGCUGCAGGAACAGGGACCCUUUUUCUUGUAUCAUUAGUUGUUUUGAGGAUUUAUCUGGGAUGGAGUUACGUGGGUGACCGACUGUUAUCGGCAGUGAUACCCUAUGAAGAAAGCGGUUGGUAUGAUGGACAAAUGUGGGUAAAGCCUCCAGAGAUUCUGGCCCGUGACAGAUUAUUGGGGUCAUACAAGGUCAAACCGGUCAUUAAAUUGCUGAAACAAACGCUAGUUGGAACGGGUGUCCUACUCGUCACAGCCGUUUCAUUGAUCAUUUUCGCCACACCAGUAGAAGAUUUCAUCCUAAAAACUUUUGCAAAUCAAGAAAACAUUUCAACAACAAAGACAACCGCCAAUAUGAGCAAAGAAGAGCUCCUAAGUCUACCAUUGGGGGUGAAAGCCGAUGAUGAUUUAGCAGCAGCAGCUGCUGAGGCUGCAGACGGACGGCCAGUCUACUGCAGGGACAGGUACUACCGUGCACUAGCAGGCGGCCAAUAUUGCAAGUGGGAGGACCUGCUUAAGUAGUCAACAACACACAAGCCAGUAACUACUCAUAUGUUCGACUAUGUGAAAAAAACAUAUAUAGCUUUAAUUUGCAAUUUUGAGAUGCUAGUGGGAGAGACGUUCAAGAAACGAAGAAAGAAGAAACACUGCAACGAGAUAGAAGUCGAAGAAAUUAGCAUGCGAAUAGAAUGAUGUGUGGUGUUUAAUGUGUAUAGCAUUAAAAGGUAGUAUAAAGAAGAAUCACUUGAUCAUCUCCCAAGUAACUUUGCAUCUUUCUUGCAUUAAAAGAUAUUAGUACAUCAUGACUUUAAUUAAUAUAGUCAUAUUUUGCAAUACACCAUGAGUGUUUGUUUUUU